CUCUAGCCUAAGAAUUGACUAAAAGUCAAGACAAUCAAGAUGACUAACGAACCUAUUAAAGAGAUCCUGGGCGCUCCAAAGCAUCCUGAUUCUGUAACCACGGAGAAGAGUAAUAACAAUGACUGUGUGAUAACCACCAUCCCUCUUGUCAGUGAAUGCCAGCUGACUGCAGCCACAGGGGGAGCAGAACUCUCCUGUUACCGCUGUACCAUUCCCUUCGGUGUGGUUAUCCUCAUAGCCGGCAUUGUGGUUACUGCUGUAGCAUACAGCUUCAAUUCCCAUGGAUCAAUCAUCUCAGUGUUCGGCUUAGUCCUCUUGUCAUCAGGACUCCUUUUGCUGGCUUCUAGUGCAGUCUGCUGGAAAAUCAGGCAGCAAAACAAGAAAGCAAAGAGGCGGGAGAGCCAGACAGCGCUUGUGGCAAAUCAGCGAACCUUGUUUGGUUAAAGACAACCAAGAGAAGGCCAGACAGAAGACAGAACUUUUGUAAGUCAACUUGACUAUUUAUCAGUAGGAGAGAUUGCAGAUUUUAAUUUAACUUUGGAAAUGAACUGAAAUGAAAAUGGAAUGGAUUAAGAAAGACUCUUACAAACUCUGCAAGUGCUCUUAAUAUUUUUCUUACUGCAGACUUGGUAAUGAUUCUCUCCAAGACGGAGGAAAAAACACUUUUCCUUCACAGAAAGCAGUAUUGUCAUAACUGCAAUCAUCAUAACUGCGUUCUCCAACAUGCUGAUCAUGUUGGAAAGGGAACUUGUGAGAACUAAGAAAAUAAUUUGAACUGACUUGAAAUGCCAGAGAUCUCCUUAAAAUACACACUGUGACAUUUGACCAAGGGAGAAGUCAUAGCAUUUAAGUGACUACAAGCUUAUGGCCAGAUUGUCUGUGACUUGAACUG